CAAUUUUCUGCCACUUCCCUCGGGCGAGUAUAAAAUUCAGAUCUUGUUGGCAUUCUACAAUAUUUGGGUAUCAAAAACCGAUGUGUAUAUAUUACGCAAUGAAGACCUUAUGAAAUCCAAGUAAUCUGAUGUGAUAUAUCUAAUGACAAGCAAUUAAAAAGCGCUUAAAAACGAAUAAACGCAUAUGCAAAAUCUGGUGAUAAAUUCAUAUUUUAUAUUCGUUGGAAUUCACUACAAAUAGUGGGACGAUGUGGAUGUCAUUUCUAAUUUUACUGCUGGCUUUUGAGGGACAUUCGGCAACCGUCAGUCGAUUUACGAACGUUGAGUGCAAGAUAUUGGACAUUGGCUAUAUUACUUAUCCGAAAUGUUAUCUCAAGUUAUUGGGUCGCGAUAUUGUGGGCUUAAAUAUUCACUUGAAAUUAUUGAAACCACCCGUUGAGACGGUCAAAGUAAAUCUUAGCCUUUGGCGUAAAUUUAGUGGAUAUCGUCCAUUCAUGUUCAACAGCACUUUUGAUUACUGCAAAUAUGCCGAGAAUCCGACUUUUUCGUUUCAGCACAUUGUGUUCUCUGCCAUCAAGGAAAGCUCAAAUAUAAAUCACACAUGUCCUUACGACCAUGAUAUAAUUGUGCAAAACAUGAUCUUCAAAGAGGAAUAUUUGAGGCUAUUGCCUUUACCGGCGGGUGAAUACCAAUUUCAGCUUUUGAUAGCCACCUACAACAAGUGGAGAACUGUCAUCAAAGCAACUAUAUUGCAUAAUGAGAAUUUAAUGUAUAAUUAAUCAUGAUGAUGACACCUGU